AUGGCCGUCGAGCUUGAGGAGGGUAGUAUCCCCGCUGAUGCUCUCGAAGCUUUGAGGGUGGAUGCGAGUCUACCCAUAUGUCUGGCUUGUGGGACCCAAUAUCCGGUUGCUAGAACCGAUUGUCCCAUAUGCGAAGAUCCGAGACAAUUCGUCCCUCCCUCCGGUCAAGCAUGGACGACCUUGGCCGAUUUGUCCUCCAAUAGAAAACACACCCUUCUUCCCGAUAAGGAGGAUAAGAGAGUGACUUUCAUCCAGACAAUACCGGGUUUUGGGAUUGACCAGACUCCAACAUUGAUCGAGACCGGGUCUGGUAGUUACAUAUGGGAUUGCGCCGCUUUACUCACUCCUCAUCUCAUCUCAUAUCUCAAAUCUCUCAAAACGCCCUUGAAAGCGAUAGCUAUCUCUCAUCCUCAUUUCUUCUCUACUAGCCUGACCUGGGCAAGGGUCCUCCAAGUCCCUUUAUACAUAUGCGAAGACGAUAAACCGUGGUUCCAGCGUCUGAGCGAUGUCUCAGAGGGAGAGAUCAAGUGGUGGAGAGGCAAACAGGAGUUGGGACCUGGUGUAACGGUGAUUCAAUGUGGAGGGCAUUUUGAAGGCUCCGCUAUCCUUCACUGGGACCGACUGAGUGAACCCGCUCCCCCCGUCGACGACUUGCCGACCUCGCCAACCCCAGUCUCAGGUCUCAUCCUCACAGCAGACACCAUCAUGGUUCAACGCACGCAGAAACGAUUCACCUUCUUAUGGAGUGCGCCUAACAUGAUCCCCUUAAACCCUACCGAUGUCGUAGGUAUCUGGAACAGGGUCAAAACUUUCCCUUUCUCUCAAGCGACCUCCUCGUGGCCUGGAAGGUUUAUUCGAUCAGAUGCCAAGAGUGUCCUGGAGGAAAGUGUGAGGGAGUAUCUAAAGGCCAUGGGAUGGGAAUGGGAUGGUGAGAAUAGCUUUGUCCCUCUGUAA